AUGCAUCCACCAAGGGAGGAGGAGCGUCACGACGGAAGGCCUCUUGUGAUGAGCGCCGAUACACAUAAUCAUACGCCUGUGCCGUCGAACGAAAAGCUGCGGAUUCUUCGUGCUGAUUCUGAAGAAGAGAAGAAUGGCCUACUGGAUGCUCGUGAGAUGGCCGAGAGUGCCCAAGAUUGUGCGGCGGCUGCAACGGAGGCUGCCGAGAGGACUCGACGGGAUUAG